ACAAAGAAAAAUAGUUUUUAUCCAAUUGCCGUCAGGUGCAGAAGAACGGCGACAUAACUCUCCUUCUAUUACCGCACCGUAUAUAACUGUGAAGAAUUGUGAAAAGGUUCAAGCCAAUAUUUUUUAAAAUGAAACAACACUUCUUAUACUUGGCAGUGGGUAUUCUGGCUCUUUGUGUUGCAGCAGAAACUGCAUUCCAAUGUCCCAAACCGGAUGGCCAAUUCCCCGAUGACGUGCAAUGUGAUAAAUACUACCAAUGUGAUGAUGACGUGGCGAAAGAAAAGCUUUGUCCCGAUGGCUUAGUAUUUGAUCCUCUCAACAGGCAUAUCAACAAAUGUGAUCAGCCAUUUAAUGUAGACUGUGGAGACCGAACUGAGCUACAAGAACCAAAAUCUACAAAAUUCUGUCCUCGUAAAAACGGAUUCUUCGCACAUCCUGAUUCUUCCGUGUGUGAUAUUUUCUACAACUGCAUCGAUGGAGAUGCAUUAGAAAUGAAGUGUACGGUUGGCUUGCACUUUGAUGAAUUUGGUGGAACUUGUGUUUGGCCGGAUACUGCUAAACGCGAGGGUUGUGAAGCGCCACAGAAAAAAUCUCCCAGUGGUUUCGUUUGUCCCAAAGAUCGACCAAAAAAUGACGAUAAAGGCCAAGUAGUUACGCAUCCGAAGUUUCCCCAUCCAACAGAUUGCCAAAAAUUCCACGUCUGUUUGAAUAGCGAAGACCCCCGAGACCUCGCUUGUCAGUUGGGUGAAGUAUAUAAUGAAGAAACAGAGAUGUGUGAUGCUCCGGAGAACGUGCCUGGGUGCGAGGAUUGGUACAAGGAUUCUGAUGACAAAAAGGAAUAAACAUAAUUUUCUUUGUCAAAGUACUUUCGUGUACAAACAAACACAUACCUAGAUAGUGCAUCUGCCUAUGUAUGUAUGUGUUAAAAACUUUGCGAUCGCCAAAAGUUGCAGCAGCCAUUUGCAUGUAUAAAUAUUAGUAAGCUAUUUUUAAUUAAAAGCGCGCGUUUAAGCUUGUAAAAAGUUUCUAUGAACAAUGAAAAAAUAAAUUAUACGUUUUAAGAUUUUAUGAAUCAUUAAUAGAUUCUCAUGGUUUAGUGACCGACAAAA